AUGGAACGACUUCGCAGUAUAACCCAGGAGAAAUGGGCGUGGAUAUGUCACCAUGUUGGUUUUCGGCCUAGGAAACUAAUGACCGAAGGCCACUUCCAGUAUCAAACAGUACACUAUACCCUCAUCAUUGGCCUCACAAUAGUCGGGUCAAUUCUUAUCUACGCCUCCCACAGGGGCCAAGUCGCCUAUGUCGACGCCCUCUUCUUCGCUGCUGGGGCGUGUACCCAGGGCGGCCUGAACACCAUUGAUGUUAACCUGAUUAACACCUUUUCCCAGGCCGUCAUCUUUUUGCUUGCCAUGCUCACUAAUCCAAUAUCGAUCGGCUAUUACACGGUUUCCCUACGAAGGUAUUGGUUCGAAAAGAAGUUGCAGACCAUUGUCCAGGACGCCAAGCAGCGGAGAGGCACCAUUUCAAAGUCAAAAUCGCAGAUGCGGACCGACUUUCUUUCACAGGCGGAAAGAGGUGUUGCUGGCCGAGAGAUCACCGUCAUGCACGGUUCUGGUAGUCCACGCAUGACGAACGACGGCAUCUUGCUGGGCUCGUUCCAGAAGCCCACGUACGACAGCCGCGCGCCCCCCGAUCAGCGAGACCCGGAUCAGCCCGAAGAUACCCGUCGACAGCCCGAAAUCAGGUUCGCCGGCACCGUGAAGAAGAGCGAUGGACUUGGCUUGGAUGCGAUAAAGCUUCCUCGGUCGGACGAGGAGCAUAUCGCCAUUCUUGAGCGACAGCGCAACCGAGACGACGAAGUGCUUCGAAUUCCCGGUCCAAGAGAUAUGGAACGAGGCGCUAAGCCUAGACGGGUCGAUGAUUCUGCCGAAGAGGAUGACCGCGAACCAGCUCAACCUACGCCCAUGGUGACGCUCAAUGGCCGCGCACAAGCCAUCACCAUCGAGGAGCCCGACAGGAAUAAGUUAUACGAAACGCUGACGGAAGAUUAUGUCGACGAUGCCAAGACGUUCACCCACUCUUUCGUGCCGCAACUUAACCAUCUCAAGUUCAGGAAGAACACACGGGCCCCCACUAGGAACCGUGUUGACGACGAGGCAGACCCUAAACUGCAGCGGUCAAAUUCGAGAAUGUCGAGGCGUCCAUCGCUCUCAGCCAUGAGGUCGGCCUUUACCAAAGACAAGAUGGAGCCGACGCCCUACCUCAGCUGGGAACCGACGCUGGGACGCAACUCUCAAUUCCACGACCUGACGGAAGAGCAGCGCGAGGAGCUGGGAGGUAUCGAGUACCGUGUCUUGAAGUUACUGCAGAAGAUCAUUCUCUGCUACUUCUUCGGUUUCUUUCUGUUGGGACUUGUCGGUUUGCUACCGUGGAUCCUCCAUGAGGACCGCUGGGGUCAGGUUGUCGACCAGGCUGGCCAAAGCAGAGUCUGGUGGGCCUUCUUCACCGCGAACUCUGCUUUCAUGGAUCUGGGCCUUACCUUGACCCCCGAUAGCAUGAACUCGUUCAAUACCGCUGUCUGGCCCUUGCUGUUGAUGAUCUUUCUCAUCAUCAUUGGCAACACCGGCUUCCCCGUCAUGUUGCGGUUUAUCAUUUGGGUCAUGUCCAUCGUCGUACCGCGCGACUCGGGCCUCUACGAGGAAGUGCGAUUUCUGCUUGAUCAUCCUCGUCGCUGCUUCAUUCUCCUCUUCCCGUCUGGGGCAACGUGGUGGCUCCUUUUCAUUCUGAUCGGGCUCAAUUGUGCUGACGUUGUCUUCUUCGUCGUCCUGGACUUGGGAUCUGGGCCUGUCGACGCCUUACCUGGCGGUAUCAAGGUCCUCAAUGGGCUCUUCGAGGCAGCCUCAACGAGGACAGCUGGUUUUUCCUGCAUCAACCUCGCGGUUCUGCACCCGGCCGUCAAGGUGUCGUACAUGAUCAUGAUGUACAUCAGUGUCCUCCCCAUCGCCAUGUCGAUCCGUCGCACAAACGUGUACGAGGAGAAGUCUCUGGGCAUUUACAACAAUCCUGAAGGUGAGGAGGAAUCGGCUUCACCGUCCAGCGAUUUGUCAUACAUCGGCUCGCAUUUGCGUCGCCAGCUCUCUUUCGAUUUGUGGUUCAUUGCUCUCUUUUUCUUCAUGCUCGCCAUCUCGGAAGGCACGCGGAUCAUGGACGGCGAGACCGAUAUGUUCGCGCUCAUGUUUGAGGUCAUCAGCGCCUACGGUACAGUCGGCAUGAGUCUUGGUUUUUCCACUGGUAACGCCUCUCUAUCGGCCAUCUUUAGCACGACAGGAAAGGUGUUCAUUAUCAUGACGCUGAUCCGAGGUCGGCAUCGUGGUCUUCCCUACGGCCUUGACCGUGCCAUCGUCCUUCCCAAGGAGCUGAACAGCAGCUCUUCCGAGGACGACGGGGUCGAAAGACAGCGCUCACACACGUCUGCCAUGAGUACUGGCCGUGAUGCGUGGAGCACCACCAGCAGGACGAGCCGCAGGCGUCACUGGCGCCAACGCAGCAACGACAUUGGCAACCAGAUCUUUGGCGCUCUGCUCCAUCCAGGGCCGCCCAGAGCCGCCAUGCCGCUGGAUGGACACCGUCCCCACCACGUUCCUCACGCGCAAACCUGGCACCCUGUCCACUUUGGUUCCGUCGGUAAGGCGCGGCCCUUGAAUAGAGACUCGCAUCACGGAAGCGUUGGCAGUCAGGGCGUCACCGGCCUUGGAGGUGGUGGCGGCGUUAACGGCGUCGGUAGCGGUGGUGGAGACGGCAUCAACCCUAAUGGCUGGCAUAGCAUGCGUAGGAGAGCAACGAAUCCGGAGCAACACCGCGAGGAGACGAUCCACGAGGGCUUCCCGUUCCCAUCUGACUCGGACCGCCGGCCUGAGUCCGAUCAGAAUACCCUGACGGACCCGCCAAGGCUGGGAAUGGGAGUGGAUCAUAAUUUGAAGUUGAUGAAGCGCAAGUCGGAGCCCAGUUUCCCGUCCACUCCUACUGAUUUUAGCGAGUGA